UGUUCGUCUUUUUAUUGUUUGACAGAAAGAGUCGGAAAACGGAUGUACGAUCGUUCUCUUGCUAGUCCUAACGUGGUGUAAAGUUGCCGUGUUUCCAUUUGCCUAGCAGUGAAAAAGUGAAUUAAAUCCGGUAAAAAGCACCGAAAUGGCCGACGAAUACUUCUAUGGAGCUACCUUGAAGGAGGGUAACAAAACGGUGACCUGGGAUCCAGACACCAAAGCCGAAGGCUACCCGCGUACACACAAGCUGAUCAUCAAGCAGUGCAUCCUGGGACACGAGGCUGCCGCUGAUGAGUUCAACGUCGUCCAGGUAGAGACCAUGACCAUUCGGGACACCCUGCGCAUUCCGAUCGCCGUGCUGAAGGUUGGCGAGGCCCGGCAGUGUCGCUUGGAUCUGGAGUUCUCCGACUCGCCAGUGACGUUCACUCUGGUGGAAGGCAAGGGACCGGUGCACAUCCAUGGACAGCAUUUGCUCGGAUCGCUGGUCGAGGAGUUCGAAGACAUGGAAGAAAUGGAAGAGGAAGUUCCAGAAGAGGAGGAAGACGACGAGGACGAUGAUGAGGAGGGUGGCCCACAGAAGAAGAAGCAGAAGCUCACCAACAACUCCAAGGGCAAGCCAGGCGGUCUACCUGCUGGCAGUAAUAGUGCCAAAAACAGCAAAAAGAAAUAAGCUGUUACCUUCCUGAAUACCUUGUGGAAUACUGCGAACCAAUGCACUCCUAUACACAAUGACUGUAAGUGUUUAUGUUCGUAUCUCUUCCUUUCCUCCCCCCCCCCCCACAUAAUCCCACUCCUUUUAAAAACUAAACAUAAACUAUACACAUCUAGAACAGCAGCAGCAGCAUUCAACAACCAAUAGGAAUUGUAAGUCGAGUAAAGUCAUUAUUCAAUGGACAGUAAUCACUCGGAGUAAAUAUUAUACCGUUCCUUCUUCAAUCAAUAAAUUCAAACCAGAACAGAGGAAGCAAAUUGCUUCCUCGCACUGAAAACAAAUCCUACAUUUAAUAUUAAAGCAAAGUAAAAUCUUAGUUCGUAAGAAAUCACCCUUUCUGUCCCCGAUACCACGCUCGGUUUUCCAUUUCCGAUGUAUAUUUUACUGUCGGCGCCUGUCUACCUCCUUCAAUCAAAGGGUGUGCCGCAUAAAAAAAGCCAUCACUCACUAAAACUGCAUUUUGCUUCAGUGGGUCAUGUCUCUCAAUACAUUUUGAAAUACCUCUUAACAAUAUCCUGAAAAGGACAAGACUAAACUAUACACGCGGUCACUAUCGUCAUAAAUCCGACAGGUAGGCAGGCAGGCAAUGGCUAAAAGUGUAGCAAGGAAUAUGAAAGCGGCGAAGUUAGCGGAUUGAGGAAGGUACAACAAACGUGAGAAAAUAAAGAAAAAUUAAAAUACA